AUGGAGUCGGCGGCGGGCGGCAGGAACUCGUCGGGCUCGGCCAGCGCCAACGGCACGGUGAGCGGCGGCGGCGGGGCCGGCGCGGCCGGCGGGGAGGCGCAGGGCGGGAGCGCCAUCCUCAUCUCCUUCAUCUACUCGGUGGUGUGCCUGGUGGGGCUGUGCGGCAACUCCAUGGUCAUCUACGUGAUCCUGCGCUACGCCAAGAUGAAGACGGCCACCAACAUCUACAUCCUCAACUUGGCCAUCGCCGACGAGCUGCUGAUGCUCAGCGUGCCCUUCCUGGUCACCUCCACGCUGCUCCACCACUGGCCCUUCGGCUCGCUCCUCUGCCGGCUGGUGCUGAGCGUGGACGCCGUCAACAUGUUCACCAGCAUCUACUGCCUGACGGUGCUCAGCGUGGACCGCUACAUCGCCGUGGUGCACCCCAUCAAGGCGUCGCGCUACCGCCGGCCCACCGUGGCCAAGAUGGUCAACCUGGCCGUCUGGGGGCUGGCCAUCCUCAUCAUCCUGCCCAUCAUCAUCUUCUCCCGGACCGAGAGCAACACCGACGGCACGAUGGCCUGCAACAUGAUGAUGCCCGAGCCCAAGCAGAAGUGGCUGGUGGUCUUCGUGGUCUACACCUUCCUCAUGGGCUUCCUGCUGCCCGUAGUGGCCAUCAGCCUCUGCUACAUCCUCAUCAUCGCCAAGAUGCGCAUGGUGGCGCUCAAGGCCGGCUGGCAGCAGCGCAAGCGCUCGGAGAGGAAGAUCACCCUCAUGGUCAUGAUGGUGGUCAUGGUCUUCGUCAUCUGCUGGAUGCCUUUCUACAUCGUGCAGCUGGUCAACCUCUUCGUCGAGCCCGACGACGCCACCAUCAGCCAGCUCUCGGUCAUCCUGGGCUACGCCAACAGCUGCGCCAACCCCAUCCUCUACGGCUUCCUCUCGGACAACUUCAAGCGCUCCUUCCAGCGGCUGCUGUGCCUCAGCUGGAUGGACAACGCCACCGAGGAGCCCAUCGACUACUACGCCACCGCCCUCAAGAGCAGGGCCUACAGCGUCGAGGACUUCCCCGCCGACAACUUCGGCGAGUCGGGCGGCGUGUACCGGAACGGGACGUGCACCUCCAGGAUUACCACCCUCUGAGGGGGGCUCCGCUCUCCCGGCCGCGGCGGGAGGGAGCGGAUCUGGCGGGCAGGGAGGGGCGGCGAAGAGGAUGAGGGGGCGCCUCGCCAGGGGCCCCGUGGGGCAGGGGGACUGCGCCUCUUCCCGCCCCUCCCCUCGGACUGGCAGGCGUCCGGAGCCCGGCCCAGAGGAGGCCUGCAGCCGGGCGCUCAGUGCUGCCCUUCGGCUCCCGGCCCGCGACUGUGUGGGGCGGUGGGCGGGGGUCUUUCUUUAGCUGCUUCUCCUGAGUUGCCCGCCUCGCUUGCGUGUCGCCUGGCUGCCCAUCGGGCUUGGUGUCGACUUCGAGGGAAAGAAACGGGCGCCGUCGGUGGCUUUGCUCCUCUCGCCCCAUAAAAAAAAACUAGCGACCGAGGGAGCCGGGCGGUCUUUCUUUUCUAUCCACCGGUGCUUUCUUUCUUAAAAAGAAAGGCGCCGGGGCUCUGCAAACUCCCUCUAGCUUAGCCCCACAAUCACCGUUUCUCGGAGCCCAGGUUGGAAAGCACUCUGAACAUGCUUAGAGCCGCUCUUGUUUUCUUUUCAUUUAAUGACUUCACAUGGGAUAGCGAAGGAGAGUACUCCUUUCUGGUUCAUUGCGUCGCGCCUCCCAGUCUUGGAACUCGGCUUCUCCCCCCCCCCCCAAAAAAAAGAAAGAAAGCUGAGACACUCAAAGUCAACAGCUUCCCGUUGCUGGCGAGCAACAUCUCUGGGGCAGAUUGUGCCUCUGUCUCGAAACAGCCCCAGAAAAAACGGGAGCUAAAUCCUGGGUCACUUUCACCGGGGGGGGGGGGGGCGGGGAGCGCAGUCCUAUUCUCCUCUCCCUCCACUACGAAUUGCUGUUUGGCAUUCAGCGGCGCUCAAGGGGAAGUAGCAAUCCAUUUGGAAAGGGAAAGGGACCCGGUCUGCUAAAAAGGCAGGCGAUUAUUUCAUUAUCUCGCGGCAACAGCAGGCUGCUGAUAAGAGCCAGAUAAAUAACCUCCCCCCUCCCUCCCCGCCGUCCUCGCUGACUGUCAAGCGCUGGGCACGGGGCUCCGAGGAAUGUUUGAUCUGGGAAACGUUUGGCUUCGCCCUGUGGGUACACACAAUAAAGGUGUGCAAAUAAAGCCCUUUCAAGAACUGCCAGGCGGCUGGCCUGGGUUGUGUGUGAGAUACAAGAGUCAGAGAGGAAGGGACUGCUACUGCUGUGUUUUCCCUUUCUGAAACAAAAAGGGGAAACUUUAUCUCAAUGUCUCCCCUUUAUUUCAACGUUAUUUUGCUGGUCCUUUCUCCAGAGAAAUGCCAUUGACCUUAGGUGACUUAAGGCUCAGGGAGUGCAGCUACCGGCACUCUUGAAAUGGUUUUAGAAGAAUUGCCUUGUCAGCUCAGACUAAUUUCCAAAUGCCUAUGGUGGCCCUCCAUGGGCACCUCCCGGACAAAGCUGAUGUAAUAAGCUACAGCUAUGCUCUCUUGUGUGACUUCCUUACCCCACAGUCAGAGGCACAGAGAACCUGUCAUCUUUGGAUAGCUCCUCAAAGUGCAAUUUGUACCUACACCUAUGGGCUGGAUCAAGGGCUGCACCCUUGAGCAGAAGGUCCAUUCCCUAAGUGCAAAUACAUCUUUGGACCCAUCCCAGUAUGUAAAGCUGCCAAUAUAGGUUCCAUGUGGUACAUCAUGGGUAGUAUUCAUGGCAGAAACAGGACGUGUGUGUCCUACUUCCACAGGGACAAGAGGACUUCAGACAGGAAUACUGCCAAACUGGGUCAAGCCAAGUUGCCCAUCAAACCUAGAGUAGCUAGGAGCUGUUCUCACCAAAAGCAACUGUACUUAUAAAAAAAUAAAAUAAAAGGGGUACAUUUAUACAAAAACAAGCAGCCCAUCCCUUUUUAUACUCAACCCCCAGGAAUUUGAGUAACCACCUAUCCAUUUUGCAUUAUCAUCCUUUUCAUCACUGAUUUGCAAUGCUUUGACCAAAUGUUUUGCUGUAUGUUUAAUUUCCAAGAAUCUAGUUUUAAAAUGUGAGGCAGAAUGUUCUUUUUAUUUUAUAAAAUUGUGUGUUGUAGAAACUGUGUUCUCUGCAACAGUUUUUGCUGUUUACCAAUUCAGCGUGGUUACAUUCAUGUCAAAGGUUCAGUUUGUUCAGAGCACUUUCUUAGAUGGGGGAAAAUUGUUACCUUGGUAGAGAAAUGCUUUUCUAUUCCUUUCAUUUUGGUUUCCCAUCUUUUAAUGUCAUUGUACAUGUCAGGACUGAUUUUUUUUUAAAAAAAAUAGUUUAUUGUUUUUUGUUCAAA